AUGAUAGGGAUCCUCGAGAAGGCCCGCGAGGUCUCCAGAGAGUACUCAAAGGCCCAGCCCUUCACAAACCUUGAUAUGUUCGAGGCUCUUCUACAUCGACGAGGUUCGCUAGCUGCUUUUGUACAAGACCCAGCCUCGCUCAAGAAGUUGUGCCCAGUCCUCCGAACCGACGCCGAUGCAACCUCGUUCUUAGAACGCACACCAGCCGGCACUUGUACCGUCAACAUCAUUCACUGGGCAGAUCGCCUACAAGAGAAAUACCCGGACGAGUUCGAGUUUCUUUUCUUCAACACGGGCAAUCAUUGGGUUGCCCUAUGCCCAAAGAGCAUGGUUCUUUUGGACUCGAUCUCGAAAUUCGGAGCUGUCAGGUUGGAGAAGGAUGCCCCGUGCCACUGGAUUGCAUCUGAGGAGGCCCAGAAUCCUGGGUCACAGAGAUUGGAAUGGGGGUGGGACGGUAAAGAGCUUACCGUAACAAAUCGGAGAGGAAAGGAAAGAGCGAACGAUCAAGCAGAUUAUAUCACGAGCGCAAGCAUUGACGGAAUCUCUGUGGCAUUUUGUGGCCAAUAA